UAGGUCAUCCUCCUGGCACAGAAUGCCCUCAUGCCACUCAGAAUUCUUCCUGUUUUCAUCCCUCCUUGCAAAACACUUCAUUGCAAUAUUUACUAAAAGUCAAUAGGGCUGUUAGGAGGAAGAGAAGUGGAGAAGCAUUUAGAGUUCACAGAGGAAAAGACAGGGUGACAUCCCAGGAUUACAUAAACUUAUAGAGGCUGCCAAAUUGGUCAAACAAGCCCGUGGAACCUGGAAGCCAGAGAACACCCUGUAAAGGAAAGAAACUGAAGCCUUUCUCGGAGCCUGUCCGGGCUGCUCAAACUCACAGACUAUGGAACGGGUGCUCGGCUUCUUGCUGUUGCUUCUGACGCUGGUGCAUGCCUUUCCCGCCAAACCAGAUCCCUGCGAGCUAGACGAGGAAGCUGUCCGCUGCUCCUGCAACUUCUCAGAUCCGCAGCCGGAUUGGUCCAGCGCUUUCGUGUGUACUGGGGCGGCAGAUGUGGAGUUCUACGGCGGCGGCCGCAGCCUGGAACACUUUCUAAAGCGUGUGGACACAGAAGCAGAUCUGAGGCAGUUCAUUGAUGUUAUCAGGUCUCUCCCCUUGAAGCGGCUUACUUUGCGGGCAGCGCGGGUUCCUACUCGGAUUCUAUUCGGAGCCCUGCGUGUGCUCGGGUAUUCCGGCCUCCAGGAACUGACUCUUGAAAACCUUGAGAUAACCGGCACUGCGCCGCCGCCGCUUCUGGAAGCCACCGGACCCGAUCUCAACACCUUGAACCUCUGCAAAGUGUCAUGGGCAACAAGAGACGCGUGGCUCGCAGAACUGCAGCAGCGGCUAAAGCCGGGACUUAAGGUACUGAGUAUUGCCCAAGCACACUCACUCAACUUUUCCUGCGAUCAGGUCCGCAUCUUUCCUGCCCUUACCACUUUAGACCUGUCUGACAACCCUGAAUUGGGCGAGAGAGGACUGAUCUCAGCCCUCUGUCCGCACAAGUUCCCGACUCUCCAGGUUUUAGCGCUGCGCAACGCGGGGAUGGAGACGCCCAGCGGCGUGUGCUCUGCGCUGGCCGCAGCAAGUGUGCAGCUGCAAGAACUGGACCUCAGUCACAAUUCACUGCGGGCUAUUGAAGGCGCCCCGAGCUGUGACUGGCCUAGUCAGCUAAACUCGCUCAAUCUGUCUUCCACUGGGCUGGAGCAGGUACCUAAAGGGCUACCAGCCAAACUCAGCGUGCUUGAUCUCAGUUACAAUAGGCUAGAUAGGAAACCUAGGCCAGAUGAGCUGCCCAAAGUGGAGAACCUGACACUUACAGGAAAUCCCUUUCCGGACUCUGAAUCCUACUCGGAGAAGUAUAACUCUGGCGUAGUCACAGUCGCAGCUCCUUCAUUUUUAGCAGCGGGCUUGUCAGGAACCCUGGCUUUGUUCCUAGGAGAUCGCUUCUUUGUUUGAGAAAUAUUUAUAUCUGGUUUCUGAGGGUCCUCAUCAACGAGUCCUCUGCUUUAAAUUUAUUAAAAUCUUAAUCUACAAUGUAAGGAAAAAAAGACAGUCAAGAUGGCUCAAUGGGUAAAAGCCACCAAGCUUGACCCCUGGUUUUGAUCCUCGGGAGCCACGCGGAAGGAAAAAACUCACUCCUGAAAGUUGUCCAUCUGUGCUCACAAAUAAAUAUUUUUAAAAUAACAA